AGCCGAGUGUUGACCGAAAUGGUCUGAUGGGAAUUCCUGGUCAUGUUCUUGAGUGCUGUGGGUGCGGGUGAAAUUUAGCAUAUCCUUGUGUACAUUGUAGUUGUCUGGAGCUGGUGUAGACUUAGUUCUCUGUGUGCAAUCCUGUCUACCCAAUGGGCGUAUUGGAGUGUUACAUUCCCCUCACAAAUGGGUGUAUUUUUUUUUUCUCUGUGAUCUGAUACCUCGUACUUGAGCCCUGUAUGUCUCUGUCAGCCUUUUCAUAGAGCUUCAUGUGGCCCUGGAGGAGGUGGUGGCCUGUCUGAGCCUCUGCCAGGUGUAUACUGUCCUCCUGCUGUCCCGUGGGAGGGGCCUUAUUUCCCUGGCAAAUGCUGUUCCCCUAGUUCCCCUUUUUCUUGUCACAAGUCAUAGAGCUUCUGGAACAUAGCAAGCAGAAAUGGAAUCGUUUGGAAUUGCUGUGUCUCUGCUCUUAUGUGUCAUGAUUCAAAUGUCAGGUGCUAACACAGAACUCAUUUCGGUGCCUCUUGUCAUGCAUGGAACCAAAGGGAAGUCUCUCCACAUCCCUGUGGAGACUCAUUUUGGGAUGAAUCAGGUGGAGUUCCAAGGCACCUGGUCCCAGAUCAGCCCCAAAGAAAACCACCUGGUGACCUUCGAGAACAGCAAAGCGAUCCCUAACCUGCAACUGAAGGACACACUGAUUUUCAACCUUACUAGCAUCUCUCUGACCUUUAAGCAACUGGACGAGGCAGCUGAAGGAGAGUACCAACUGCAAAUCAACAUCAUCUUCCCAGGCCAAGACAAGUUGGAAUCCGUUAUAAAGACCGUGAGCAUUACUGUGAAUGUGCCUCUUUCCACCCCUGUUAUGAAGAAGAGCUCAGAGGGCACGCUUGUGGAAGACCAAGAUAAUGUUACACUGACCUGCAUUGUGGAGAAUGGAGCCAAGGCUAAGUAUCAGUGGCUUAAAAAUGGCAAAAUGGUCAGUCUGAGUGAGCGUCACAUAUUCUCCCAGAACAACACCACCCUCUUCAUCAACCCAGUGAAGAAGGAGGACAUUGGCAUGUAUAGCUGUGCGGUUGCAAACCCCAUCAGCCACGCACGGAGCAAAGUCAUGGAGCUCAGCGUGUUCUAUGGCCCUUACAAUCUGGAAGUGAACUCAGAUCAGGGGUUGAGAAUUGGAGAAGUGUUCACUGUUAAUCAAGGAGAGCUGAUCUUCUUUGACUGCUUGGCUGACUCGAACCCCCCCAACACCUGUGUGUGGAUCUCCAGGACUGACAACGGCACAGAAGUCCUCAUGACUGGCCCUCGCUUUGAGGUUCCGCCACACAAGUUAGCUCAACCCACAAAGUUCUUGUGCCGGGCCUUCAACAACAUGACGAAGAAGCAGGAUGAAGCUCACUUCACACUGGUGGUGGCCAAUCUUGGCAAAGGUAGUGAAAAGCUGCAGGGGGAAAGUGCAGUGUCUCCUUUAGCUGCCAUCACCAUCUCCUCACUCCUCAUUAUCCUGUGCAUGCUGUUUGUGCUCUUCAGGAAGACAUGCCAUCCUAAAAGAGUGUUGAUGAAAAUUUAUAACAGGCCUAUGCCAGAGCAAAAAGGACUGCAUCGCUCAGGUCAUGAGGACGCUACUGAAGACUUUGGCAUCUACGAGUUUGUCUCCAUACCUGGGAAAAUGGAGUCUAACCAUGCAUCGUGCAGAUCUCUGGCACGGCUUGACUCUGUCAAAGAUUUGCAUACCACCAUCUAUGAUGUCAUCAGACAUGUUCCUGAAACUCCCACGCUCAGUCUACUGAAGUGAGAAGGUUUAACACACACGGGCUGGACUCAGUAGUGUUCCUACAGAAAAGUUAUGAAAGCCGUUUCUCCUGUGGGCAUGCUGGUUAAUGCCAUCACCUCUUUAUUUCCUCAUAAAGUCACUUGAAUUUAUUUAUGCUCAUUAGCAUUUGAUGAAGACCCUUAACUCUGACAAAAUCCCAAUCUUUUUCUGUCUAGCUGAUACAGAAUACUGGUAUUUAUUUAUUUCACAAGGGUCCUCACAGUUCUGUAUAUAGAAUAUGUUCAUUAUGUUGUGGUUAUUCUCUUGUCAAAGGCUUUACACACUUGCAACAGCACUGACAUUCAGCUUCAGUGGUAUUAGUAAUGACUGCGUGGAAUAAAAGAUUGAUCAUGUGAUUCCAAAAUUUGAAUAUACAAGACUCUGCAAAAGUCAGAGACCACCCUAAAUUUAUUUAAUUUAUCAGCAUCAGGAAAAACAGAAAAAAAUG